AUGAGCUUCGCCGACUUCGCUGCCAACGGGUCGAUGCCGCCGGCUGCCGGCCGCAACAUGUCGUCCACUGCGACCCUCUCGUUACCUUCAUCUCAGGCGCGCCAGGCCGUGGAGGGUGCUACUUUAAAGCUAGAGCAGUUCCAGCGCCAAGUUCUCGCCAUCAAGCGCGCGUCCACCGCCUCUGGCUCCGUGGACGAGGAUUUACACGACCGUAUCCGCUUCGCUUGUCUGCUUCAAGAAGAAAUCGCCAAGGCGCUGGCCCGUGUGCCCGUGGACGCCGCCAACUCGCUCAUUAAGCGGAAAUUGUGCAAAGACUUUGAGAGUAUUUCAAACCAGCUAGAAACUGCUGUAUUGCGGGUCUCAGCGCGUGAACAGGAGCAGCAACAAGCGCUCAAGGAUCAACAACAGGACGGCCGUAUCGUAGCUGAGCACCAGGGCCAAGUCUUCGAGUUCGCAGAGCUUGAGAACGAGAUUGCACACAACGAGGCGCUGAUCGAGGAGCGCGAGCAGGACAUCAAUAAGAUUCACCAGAGUGUGGCACAGGUCAACGAAAUCUUUAGAGACUUGGCCGCCAUUGUGCAGGACCAGCAGGGAGCUAUCGACGAUAUUGAGACGCACGUGCACGAGAGUAUGCAGCAGACGCAGCAAGGUCUGGACGAGGUCAAGAAAGCCUCCGAUGCACAGGGAUACUGCACGAUUCAAUAG